AGGGCGACUCGACUCCUGAAUUGUCUUUUUGAAAAAGCUUUAGAUGCCGGAGGAGGAGGAGGAGGAGGAGGAGGAGAAGGCAGCAGGACUCGCAGCGAGACAGGAGCAGCCGCCGCCUUCAGAGCCCUUGGACAACGGGAAAGUUUUCCUUCCACGACACCGAGAAGAAUUCCCGCUGCACACCCCUCCUUCCUAUUCGGGAGACCCAUGGACUGCCCUCGCCUUUGAUCCAGAGAGAAGAGGAGGAAUAAAAACAAUGGAUGCCGUUGCACCCACACAACUUCCUCUUCCGAAGCACAUUUUGGAUGUAUGGGUUAUUGUUUUGAUAAUCUUGGCCACUAUCAUUGUCAUGACAUCCCUUCUGUUGUGUCCAGCGACAGCCGUGAUCAUUUACAGAGUCCGGACACACCCAAUACAAAAUGGAGCUGUGUGAAACUGGCCUCCUUCUGUCAGUGUUUGGCUUUCCAUUUGUGAAACACAGACUUCAGACAUAACAUGGACAUUGAUUGAUGUCUCUGGCUGUCUUCAGUGUUAAACAGAGAUUAGAAAGAAGUGCUGGCAUGCAUAAGGCAGUGGGAUUUGGACCCAUGAGAUGGGACAGCUCCAGGUCACAAGUCAGCUUCUAAUUCAGACUGUGACCCUAAAGUAUUAAACCAAGGAUUUAAUCCAUCUGUUAUGAAAUCAACUCACCUGACAUCUGAGUCCAGAUUGCCUCUAUUGAUAUGUAUCUGCUGGGGUUGAAUGUCUUGAAAUCAUUUCAGACUUACGGCAAGACAGGCCUGUAGCCAGGAUUUUGAUUCGGGAGGGGCUGGGAUUUUGGUUCGGGGGGGGGGGGGGCUGAGUCUGAGCGGGAGAGGGUCUACCCUAGCAAACCUUUUGUAUCAUUAUCCCAAUACCCCCAUGCAUGGGGGAUAUAUUGAGCAUGGUGAUCAGAUCAUGAUAUGGAUAAACAUAACAGUUUAAAUAAUAAAUGUAAGGCCUUCUCGCGGACCACCCUGAGAGUUUCGGGAGGGGGGGGGGGCUGAAGCCCCUCAAGCCCCCCUCCCCCGGCUACAUGCCUGUGGCAAGACUACAGCAACCCUGUCAUGUGUUUUGGAGGAUUGAGAGGGUGUGAUUUUCCAAAGACCAUGAAGGGUUUCUAUGGCCAAGCAGGAAAUCAAACCCUGGGCUCCAGAAUCAUAAUCCAACACUCAAACCACUACACCAUGCUGGCUCUGGUUUAUAUGUGAACUUCAAUCAAAAUCGGAUUCCUAGGAAGGAGACUCCUCAUGUCUACUGAGCUGAAUUUUCCUGAGGACUAUGGUGAUGGCAGAACAAGUGGCCCAGAAAACAAAUAACAGUGUCUAACAACAAAAGCCCUUUAAUACGUUUCCAGAUCUUGUUGCCAUGUGAGCAAGCUGCUUUGUCUGUUCCAAACAAAUUGCUAACUUCUUUCCACAAGAAUCAGUGGAGGGUAGAACGUUAAUUGUACCCAGUUAGAAUAUUUGGCUGUUCCCUCUCAAAUUUUGCUAGCAUAAAUAGCCGCAAAUAGCUACAAAGGAAAUACAAAGAAGAAAUGAGAUGAGCUGAUAAGCACUCAUACAUAAGCAUAAUUGUGAAUGAUAUAUUUCUGACAAAAUAUUUGAUUCUUCUUUUUAAUAAAUCCAUAGACAUGCAGUACAAAAACAAAGGGAAGUGAGAUUCAGGGAGAUUAAUUUUAUUGGCAAGGGCUUGUUUACAAUGUCGCAAUGAUGAAAGAGAAAGUAAAGGAAGAUGGAAUGAUUCAGUAAAGGAAGCCACAAGAGCAGGGCCGUUGAUGACCAAGCUCUUAUUUAUAAUGUUGUCAAAAGUUGAUGGCAAAUAAGAACAAAAAUGAAAAUGCAGCUAGCUUGAGAACAGGGAUGGACAACUUCCAAGGUCAGAGGUGGUUUUCUGACCCAGAACCUAUAGCGGCCAGAGCAGAAGGAGGCAAAAGUCAAUAUGGCCAGAGAUCUACUAGGGUUUUGAAAAAUUCACAUUGAACACUGCACAGAAUGUACAUAUAACCUAUUUUAAAAGUGAAUUGUCCAUGAAGCUUCCAGGGGAGGUAAUCCAUCUCUCCCCCUAUCCCCAUAAUAAAAAGAGCAAUCUUGAGGGGUCAAUGGCCAGAAAAAGUCCUGGGGGUGGUACACAUAGUUCCAGGCCACAAUUUUCCUAUCCCUGACCUAGCAGUAGUGUAUGUGCAGACUAAAAGAACCCAUCCUAAUUGUAUCCACUUGGUCACUAGAAAAUUUGUUGCAUUAAGAUAGCUAAUAUCUGUGAACAUAGAUGAGAAGACGUGAUGCUCAAGAUGCUGUUGGACUUCAAAUCCUUGCAAAUGUGUCUGACAGCUUGCAUCCCAACAGCAUACGGAGUGCCACAUAUUUCUCCAUCCUGUUCUAUAGUCCUCAUCUCCCCCCGCUAUAUCUAAAACCACUGCCAGAAAUGCCCUUCAAGGCCAAAUGUUAGGAGAUGCUGAUCCUUCUUAGUUCCGCUGGAGUGCUGCCCAUAAGUAUAAAUAUGUGUAUGUGUUUCUAAACAUUAUCAAAUAUACACCAAUCUGUGAAAAUAUCCAUAAGGUAGGAGAGGGAAAUUGUGUACACAUGAAAGGAUAGUGAAUGGAUUUGCAGUGAAUUUAUCAGCAGAACUUAUAUCUUGUUAAACUAUACUAUUGCAUGAACCCACAUAAUAAACAAGUGUUUUUUGCACGA